AUGCACAUCCGCCUCGAUCACGCCUCUUUCCAAGUUCUCUACUACCAUUCCAUGGAGCCUCCUACCGACAUCGAGACCCUUGCCGAGAAGGUGGCAGCCCUGAGCGAUGAGCUCAAGUCUGCUAAUCGUCGUAUUGCGCAGCCAGAGCGUCGACAGGAAACCAUGCUGACGACUCCAACGAACACGGUUCUCGAGAACGAGGCAAGGAGACAUGCCCGCCACCGAGAACGACCCUCUGGCAGCCGCAGACGACAGUUGCUCUCCCGGCCCCGAGAUGCUGUCUCGUGA